CUGUACUUACUCUAGCGUACUUUUUGAUAAACCAUCGUGUUUACUAGAACAAUGAAGGAAUAACCACUACAAUAUUAUUUACUUAAUACAAAUUAAUAAUGUGGUACCAAAGAGUGAUGGACAGCAAACAUAUAAUGUUACCGGAAGUUUUCUUGAUGACACCGGGGAACGUCCUGUGGAAAAUAACGCUUGUGUUUCUGUUACGUGGUGUGCUGUAUAUCGCAGGAUAUGUAGUAUCACUAGUGUAGCCAAUGUGAGUAGUAACCUACAUCAACCAUCUCUGUGCCUUCUUUACAUUGUGUGUGAACAGUGCUCUGGGCAGCAUAGAAAACAUGUCUCCUCAUCUUUCCUCCCUUCUCGUGGCGCUACAGGCACUGUCAACAGCAACAACGUCACUCUCGGAGAAGUGCAAUCAUGGCGGAGAGAAGGAGGUGACCGUGGAAGGGUGGCCUGUGCUAGUUGCUUUGCGUAUGCCUUACCAAGCCAAACCCAAUAUGACACUCCAUCUGAGUCACAACCAUGAGGCACACACCAACCUCACACUCGUCCAGUCCGUCUUGAAUGAAGCUGGAGUCCUGCAGGUGACGCUGGAGAGUAUAAUGAUAGGGACCCGGCUGAAGAUGGCGACGCAGCUCCUUGAUAGCUCAUGGGCAACUUUCAGGAUCUUUGCUCACGCCAAUGAACUGCAUAUAAAGAUAGUGAGUGAAAAUCACUCCUUCAAGUAUUCCACCAGCGCUUUUAUCAGCACCAUUAAUCACCAGGAAGUUAAUAAAGUGUCCUGCUCUGGCGAAGGCUGUCAACACUAUAUUGAUCUCAAGUGUCCCUAUAGUGACAGCAAGAGUAACCAUACCGAAUACAACGAGCCAGAGUCCAUCAGCAGCACCUCAGAAAACAAGACAGGUUACUACUGGUUGUUCUAUGUUAUGGUGUCGCUCGUGGUGGUGGCGUGUCUACUUUUGUUCAUCUGGCGGAACGAACGGCAGAAAUUCAGAAUACGGUGGUGGAGACAUUCUCAGAAUGUUAGGAGGAUGGGAAGAGACUCAUGUCAAGCCGAGUGUACGAAUGAAGUGUCCACAGGAAUAGGAACCAUGUCCAGUCUGGCAUUUCCCAACCCAGCAUACGACGCAACUGGAGACUGUGAUUAGAUUGCCUUCCUGUCAUACAUGCAGAAUCUCAAGAGCAAGAGAGGUCAGAGAAGAUGACAAAAUAGAAGAUGAUGAUUUGCAUGUUAUUCAUAAAUAUGUAUAUAUAUAUAUUUUUUUUUUAAUUUAUGCACCUUUCAUAAAGUGAACACUUGAUGAUUCCUAUCUUAAUCAGCACUCUGUGGGGUGCAUUCUUUUUUAUUGUUGUAUUUACUACAUUACCAGGAUUAUUUUUAUUACAGGCUAUUUAUUUCUUUUUAUAACACUGAAGCAAAUAAGUUCUUAAAGGAAUUCAGUCAGGGCGCACUUCCAGAUCACUAAACGUUCUCUGUCGGCCGUUGCGUCCCACUUGCUGCUGAUGUGUCCUCGCAGUGUUGUGAUAGAAGAAUGAAAUGAUGAUGAAAUGAGAGAGAGAGAGAGAGAGAGAGAGAGAGAGAGAGAGAGAGAGAGAGAGAGAGAGAGAGAGAGAGAGAGAGAGAGAGAGAGAGAGAGAGAGUUUGGUUUAGUAGAUUGGCGAUAGAUAAUAAGAUAGCGAGUGACAUGACAGAACUUUGAGGAACGCCACUUAGAAUAACACUGGCAGUGUUCUAUAGCAGCAAUAGAACGGCCAAAGAGGAAACUUUAUAGGAAGUUAGAUAGAAGGAUGAAUACCGUAAGAGUGUUUUAUGGUGAUCAAAACUUUGUGCUGAUUAUUUAUUUCUAGUGUUUAACAAUAAAGAUAUGUACGUAGAGUCACAAUUACCUCCUCGUAGUUUAAUUCAUAGUUUUCUUUAUAUAUACUCAUAUAUUAUGUAUAUUGUGCUAUAGUUUGAUACAGAUACUCAUAAUUGUUCAUGUUUUUUUUUCUUUUGAGAAAAUAAAUAAAAAAAAGUUGUACCCAUUAUAACAGAUAUUCGAGAUACCAUCCGUCCCUCUUAAGCAUGCAGCUGUGAGAUAUACACAAGUCACACAGGCCAGCCCUGUGAUAGAGACUACCUUCCUUGGGCCGAUCAAAGGAGAAUCUUCACCAUAACCACUGCAGUUCAUCUCUCUCACCUGCCAGUAGCCUUGGAUAAUCAUAAAGUAAAGUGUCCCAUCACUUUCAUUACCAUCCACAACUUGUAUGCCCUGCAUCGAAGUCUUUACUAUAUAAUGUGAAAGCACUGAACGUACUUACGCAGUGCAUGUGGUCUGGUCUGCAUGGUCGCAUGGAAUUAUCGCAGUUCACGCACAUCACUCACCACUAUACUUUUUGGACUCCUACUAGUCAUCAUCCUCACAAUUUGCCAAUCAGGUGGCACAACGGCCAUUCAAGCCACCAGCUCCAGCAAGACCACGAUUAGCGACACAACAACUGCCCAACAAACUCACUCUUUGUACGUAAUUUGCAGGGCAGUAAAGACUCAGUAAAGGAAUGACAUUAAAAAGAA